AGUAUACCAGCAGAUACAGAGUAAAAGAAAACAAAAACCUAGAAGAAAAUUAGCCCAACCCUCUUCAAAGGACUAUGUUUCGAGGAAGCCUAAAAAUAAAUAAUGGGAAGUUGGCUUCAUGAUGACGAACAACUGUACAAUUGCAGGUACAACACAGGUGGUUCACAAGACAGUUCAAACCAUCACUGCUGGAGAAAACGUGACUUUGCAGUGUCGACUGGCCAAACAACACGAAGUUGUUCAAAUCACCUGGCAGAAGGAGCAAGAAGAACCAGAGACCAACAUAGCCACCUACAGCAAGACUCACGGCACUAGAGUGCUGGGCAAAUUCCACAGGAAUGUUCACAUGUCUCAAAGUCAACUGAGAGUUUCUGCCAUCACCUUUCACGCUGUGACACUAAAGGAUGAAGGCUGUUACAAGUGCAUCUUCAAUGCAUUUCCUGUAGGAUCCAUCACAGGCAGGACAUGUCUCAAAGUCUAUGCUCUAACACAACCUAAAGUGACUGUGAGGCAUGUUACGGAUCCAGGCAAUGCAGAAGAAGUGCUAGAAAUAAGCUGCUCUGUAACAGGGAAGCCAGCUCCGGAGAUCACCUGGAAGGUCACCAAACCUCUUCUAAUCAAGCCAAACCAUUAUGUCAUCCAGCACCCAAACCAGACAGUGACUGUUGUCAGCAAUUUCUCUUAUGUCUCCUCCAAGGAUGUCUGGGAGAACCCAAUCAUCUGUGUUAUUCAGCAUCCCUCUUUAAACACUGCACAAGAGUUGACUUUACCUGAGAUGGGGAUUAAACAAGUCCAAAGCAAAGAUCCAGGAACUGUUGCUAUGAUUGUUAUCUGCAUAUUGGUUGUCAUAUUUCUCCUUGGACUAUUGAUUAUUUCCAUUUCCUACUGCUGGAGGAGACUACAUCCAGUAGAUUAAAAGCAAGACCCUCUAUGCUCAAAGCUCAAAGGGAGCAGGACAGGCUAUGUAGCCACAAAGCUCUGUCUUCCCAUAAAGGGGAAUGCCCAGCGGCU